AUGAAGAGCUACACGACCGCAUUUAUAAAACAUUAUUUUACCAUAACAUACACGCGCAUCAUUUCCAUUAUAUUCCCAAUUUCUCCACCGACGCUGGUGCCUCCCCACCAAUGCCACUACGGCGGACUUCCCCUUCCUGUAUCCUCACCUCUUCCACCGCCUCCACCUCAACCUAUCCUGCCGCCGCUGCCUCCAAUACCUCCCCCUACUCCUCCUCCGAUGCCGCCGCCAACCCCACCUCCUACUCCACCGCCUCCACUUCCUCUUCCACCACCAUGUCCACCACCUCCUCCUCCUACGCCUACGCCUCCACCAACACCUCCACCUACACCACCGCCAAUACCUCCUCCAACGCCACCUCCGGCUCCACCACCAUGUCCACCUCCACCUCCUCCUCCGCCUACACCCCCACCUGCACCACCACCAAUACCUCCUCCAACGCCACCUCCGGCUCCACCACCAUGUUCACCGCCACCUCCUCCUCCGCCUACACCUCCACCUGCACCACCACCAAUACCUCCUCCAACACCACCUCCGGCUCCACCACCAUGUCCACCACCUCCUCCUCCACCACCACCACCAAUACCUCCUCCGACGCCACCUCCGGCUCCACCACCAUGUCCACCGCCACCUCCUCCUCCACCUACACCCCCACCAACACCUCCACCUGCACCACCACCAAUACCUCCUCCAACGCCACCUCCAGCUCCACCACCAUGUCCACCACCACCACCUCCUCCUCCGCCUACACCUCCACCUACACCACCACCAAUACCUCCUCCGACGCCACCUCCGGCUCCACCACCAUGUCCACCUCCUGCACCACCACCUCCACUUCCUCCACCACCACCUUUACCGCCUUCACCACCACCUCCUCCAGCACCUCCACCACUACCGCUGCCGCCGCCUUUACCACCUCCACCACCACCACCUCCAACACCUCCGCCUGCACCGCCACCAACGCCACCUCCAACUCCUCCACCUGCUCCUCCUCCGAUUCCACCACCACCACCUUUGCCGCCGCCUUUACCACCUCCACCACCACCUCCUCCAGCACCUCCACCUACACUGCCACCGCCACCAGCGCCACCUCCAACACCUCCACCUGCUCCUCCUCCUCUACUGCCUCCGCCUCCUGCACCUCCACCUCCCCCUCCCCCUCCAGCUCCAGCUCCACCCCCACCCCCACCUUUACCUCCAACACCUCCUCCGCCUCCAGCGCCACCUCCAACGCCACCUCCAACGCCACCACCAAUGCUGCCACCAAUGCCACCGCCAAUACCACCACCGAGUCCACCUCCUGCACCAUGGCCACUAGCGUAACAGCCAGCUGUGCUGCUC